AUGUCCCUUUCACCCUCAAUCAAAAAGAGAAAACAGCAUGAUGAUGCGAAUGGUCAAGCGGAAAAGAUUUUUCCCGCCAAAAGCCCUGAAUCGAAACCUAUAAUUAUUUACAUACAUCCAGAGGGUAUUGGACCUAAAAGAUUGGAUAUCAUGAAGCGUUCCGCCAUAAAGAAUGGAUUUCAGUUAUCGAAUGCUAUGACGGCUGAUGUGACUCACAUCGUAUCAGAACUACAAUCUAAAGAGGAUGUUUGGAACAGUAAAGAACUUAAGAAAAUCAGAAACUGGAAUGGUUAUAUUGUGGAAUCACAAUGGCUUGUUGAAUGUUCGAAGUUUAAUUCUCUGGUAUCAGUGACUGGCUAUCUUCUCCCAUCGCUGCCCACUUCUGAAUCAAUAUCAGUUAAUAUCCCACAAGAAGAAACAUCGUUGUAUCCAGACCCAAACUUUGAUUUGAGCAAGUUCAAUGAAUGUGUUGCUGAAAGAAGAGCUGUACUAGACCACCAGAACAAGGAUAUAGCAGAAGCACUUGAUUUACUAAGGGAAUAUUGGUCACUAUGUCAUCAAACUGUUACCGACGAGCGACGUGCGCUUGCUUUUGCACGAGCAGCGGCAGCAGUAAAAUGCUUGCCUUUCCGAGUGACAAACCCACGUCAGUUAAAAGGAAUAAAAGACCUUGGUGAUGGCCAUGCAUUGCGCGUCGCUACACAGAUCGUUGAAUCUGGGCACAGCCAGGAAGUGGAGGAAAAGAGAAACGACAAGAAAUUUCUUUCCUUUCAAAUAUUUUGUAAAGUCUUUGGAGUAGGUCCUUCUAUUGCCAAGAAAUGGUAUGCUAUGGGUCUACGCACGGCUGAAGACGUAAAAAAACGCUUUGAUCAGUUGGAUGUCAGCAAAGAUAAUAUGAUUUCAUACGGAGUGGCUUUCUACGACGAUUUGAAUCAACCGCUGCUGUUGGCAGAAGCAGAGAACACAUACAAGCACAUCACAGCCUUAGCUCAACGUAUCUUACCAUCAGUCGUGACUAGCAUGAAUGGAGGAUUUCGCCGAGGGAAAUCUAGUGGUCACGACUUGGACGUGCUGUUUUCGUAUCCAGAGCGUGAGCAUAAUGACCACGGUUUAAUUGCAACCGUUCGGGACGAACUGGACAAAAAAGGUCUGGUCGUUUGGUCACGGUCUUCGCGCGCAGACGGGCCGAAAGGUGCUGAAAUCGAUUCCAGUCCACUUCCUGCUGGAGCAGCAAAAGACCAUUUACUACAGAUCAUGAUUAUUUUGAAGUAUCCGCUUGAUGAUCGUUUCGACCAGCUUGAACGACGCGACUUUUCAACCGAAAAGAAUCUAGGGCCUUUCCAGUUGGUGGAUUCAGCUCGCCCUUGGCGAGCAAUACGGGUGGAUUUAGUUGGCUCAAGAACUGCACAGUAUCCCUAUGCUCAGAUAGGAUGGACCGGCAAUAAACAGUACAACCGCUGCCUGCGCCAGUACGCGAAAGAUGCCCUCAACUACUCCCUGAGCAGCACUGGUCUUUAUGACAAGCGACAGCACCGUUGGCUACCUGCUCAAACAGAGCGAGACGUUUUCGAUCAUCUGAAGCUGAGCUAUCGCGAGCCUUGGGAACGCAAUUUUUAAAGGCUGUGUUUUCUUAUCGGCCUAAAAGAACCAGAAGCACAUGUGCCUAUAUCAAUGAGAAAGUUCUCAUUGUUGUAUGGAUCUCAGGUUUCCCCUAGAAAUUUUUACAAUGUUUCCGAUUCAGAAAAAAAAAUUUUCUUACUGUCAAUGACCCCAUUUUACGCUUGCGAGCAGAUGUACGCCAGUUUUGCAUUGAUAGAACGGUCUUUCGAGCCCCAUUCCACACUAGUCUUUUAGAUCGCGCGUCUUUUUUUAAAUUCAGACCGUGAAAGCUGGGUCUUAUAGAAAUGAUUUCAAAUGGCCGCCUCAAGAUGCGAUGGCUUUCUCCUCGAACCGUUUCGAUAGUCUCGACUAUCCAAUUAUUACUUAAUGUGCGUGCGUCUAGUUCCCAAAGUGGGGUUCGGCGACACACGCAUGUUUCAACAUCACUAAAAUUUAAUGUUACCUGCACUAUAACUUCCUCAAUUGCAGGUCCAUUUUCUCUUUCCCGUUGGUCCUUUUUUUUUCGCUCUUCUGCUCGUAACUAUUAUGUUGAUUACUAUCCACUUCCCCAAUCUGAAUUACCUUUUUUUUGCGGCGCUUAUUAAAAAAGUAACAAAGCCUUUCACGUCGUGAGCAGCAACGAGCAGUAGGGAGGGGAUUGCGAAAAAAAAGCACAGUUGCAAUAAUUUUUGGAUUGUUUUCGGGUUUGUUGAGUAAGUUAACUACGUCUCCUUCCGCUCCAUGCAACGGUUUUUGGCAGAACACCCUGAAUUCUGUACGACCGCUCGUGUCCCGUAAUGGGGCGAUACACGGCACGGUAGGGCACCUGAAGGGCAACAUAAUCUUUUCCUCGAGGCGGAACAACCGAAAAAUUGGCGGCUUUUAGAGUCUGGUUGAUGCAUUUAACCGUGACCUUUAUGUAGAACAGACAAAUGUAGACGCAGUGACGUUGUCCUUUAGCCCGUGAUUAGUCCCAAUCCGAAAUUAGCAUGUGUUGAAUGGAAUUUUUUUUCCUCCCUUCCAUGGAGCGCCAAGUCGCUUUUCAUCAGUUUAAUUUUUUUAUUUUUAACGUCGGUGUUGAUUACGCGGAUUGUUUGUGCGUGAUGGAAAGUCUGAGAAUGACAAAUGGCUGGAGGGACGUCGCUUAAAUCUCGAGCUGUUAUUUAUCCUUGCGGAUGUAAAACGUGUGUGAGAACAACGAGGAAGAAAUAUGGCGGUCCCGACCUGAAAUAGCAUACGUACCUUCUUUUCUCGUUAAAAAAACGAACGGACGAUUGUCGCAUAUUUUCCUCUUUGUUCGUUACACGGGCGGGCGAAAUGUGUGUCGCUCGUCGUCACCGUUCUGGCCGUCUGACUUUCCGAGUAACGCGUGCAUCAACUAUUAUUAUUAAGUACUGUCCGUUUUCUCCUUUAAAAAAUCGGUCCCGUCAUAAACAUGGUUUUUUUUUUGUGUGUGUUUCUUUUUAUUCUUAUCGUAGGAUUAUUUAUAGCGAUUAUUUACCUCGUUCUGAUUCAGAGAAGAAGAAAGACGAUUUCUUUUUCACCUGUUUAGUGCGUGUUUUUCUUUUUUAAACUGUCCGAUAAAGCCGCGUAAGUGGGUGGUGAAUAGUUGGGGCAGAGCCUUAUAUUUCUUAUGUGAUGCGAAACGACACAGUUCCCGCUUUUUCUUGUUUUAAAUCAUUUCUUCUAUUUUUAAGAAAAUGAGAUUUCGUUCCAUUUCCAUGUUUUUUUUUCUUAUUUUCUAAUAAUUAAAAAUUAAAACCGGUUAUGAUAUUCGAUCGGUUUGGCGAACCAUAUUCGAACGCUUCUAUCUUAUGUAACGCAGAUGAAGUGGCACAAUUGGCCGCUAGGAUAUGUAUCGUCCCUUUCGGCCCCACUUAGCGUGUCGUCUUUUUAACCGCAAUCUUUUUUUUUUUUACAUCAACACGGGAGGCGGAGAAAACAAAAGGAAAACUAAGAACGAAAAAAAAACAACAAAUGUUUUGAAUUUUUAAUAAAGCCCGUUACACACACAUGAGGGGGGGAGGGGACGCUCGAGGAUGUGGAGCAAGGUACUCGAGUUUUGCGUGCUCUCAAGUCUUUUAUAUUUCUCUCGUUCGCACGAUCGGUAUUUUGGCCGGUUGAACUUUACAAAACAAAAGAGGGACGAAAGCGUGAACAUCUUUCGGAACUGGCGAAAAAGAAAUGUAAUAAACUGCUGCAAAAAUUGGCAGAGUGCAUUGUACUUUGAGGGAAAUAAAGAAAAAGACCCGCUGACUUUGUACAUACACACACACACACGCGAGAGGUGAUGGUCGUGCGUUCGAUGUUUUGCGGUAAAGAAAAAGUCAUAAAUAAUGGACUAGGAAAAAGAAUAAAGGAACGAAACGAGAACAGCCGUCGCCCUAAUGACCUGAACCGUCUGAGCACUAAGCAAAACAAUUCUGCCCCAACAUGAAAACUGAGAAGGAAAUGAAAAAAAAAAAAAAAAAAAUCAGAUGAACUUGCACCAGCCGUGUUAUUUCUAUCGUACACGAAAAAAGACUUUGCAAAGGAGACUGAAGACCUUAUUUUAAACGAAGGAUAACGGAGCACUCGAUCGACCUGCACCUAAAUACCAUGUCGCCGAAGAAGAAUCGUGUACUAAUAGGAAUACGUAUCAAAUGACGUGUGUCAAGUAGCCAAAGCUAAAAGAAAAGGUUGGCAACGAUGUAUUGGGGCUGCAAUGUGAGUGACCGACCCGACAGCUCUGGACCAACUACCACCAUAGCUGAAGAUGUGUGUGUGCUCUGCCGACAUUGAAGUAAAAAUAAGUAAAGAGGAGGGAGGCGGGAGAAAGCGCAAAUGCGGUUUGUUAGUCCCGAAGCAAAAGGGUGGAGGGAGGGGGCAGUAGGCGGACCGAUGCGCUUUGGCGCAAAAGUAGGCUAAAGUCUACGAAAGAAACAAAGACACUGAAGAAGUACAUACCUAAAUAGAAGGAAGGUGUAGCGGACAAAAAAGCGGUGAAUUUUUUUUUUUUUUUUUUAUUAUUCUCCUCCCCGUUCAAUUUG